GCGCUGGCGGGCGCGCUCCCGCCGCACUCCGAUCCGCGGCUCCAUCCCUCUCGAUGGCGCUGCCCGGCGCUCGCCUCCCCUCUGACGCACUUUAAAGAGUCUCCCCCUUCAACCUCAAGGCGAGUAAUAGCGACCAAUCAUCAAGCCAUUUACCAGGCUUCAGAGGAAGCUGUUUAUGUGAUCCCAGCACUAAUUAGGCUCAUGAACUAACAAAUCGUUUGCACAACUUGUGAAGGGGCCGAUCACAUCCAUGGAUUGUCUUUGGACUUAGGGGGGGAGGGGGGGGCGCGACCGCCUUUUCCUUGCAGGAGGGAAACUUCUCCCAGCAACUUUUUUUUUUGUGUGAGUGUGUGCGUGGUGCGUGUGUGUGUCUCCCUUUUGGGUACCGCUGGCUGCCGCUGCCUCCUUUUCCUCCAGCCCCUGUCUAUUUAUGUGUGUAUCUAUCCCUCCUCAAGUCACUCCCUGCUGCAAACUUCCCCGGAUCGUCUCCCGCGCACCAGAGAGAGACGGGCAGAGAUUGGGUCGGGGACUCUCGUCGCGGCAGCAUGUUUCAGCCCACACCCAAGCGGUGUUUCACCAUCGAGUCGCUGGUGGCCAAAGACAGCCCCUUGCCCGCGUCUCGCUCCGAGGAUCCUAUCCGGCCGGCGGCGCUCAGCUAUGCCAAUUCCAGCCCGAUGAACCCUUUUCUCAACGGCUUCCACUCCACUGGCAGGGGGGUCUACUCCAACCCGGACUUGGUCUUUGCAGAGGCCGUCUCCCACCCGCCGAACCCGGCCGUGCCGGUCCAUCCCGUGCCCCCUCCUCACGCCUUGGCCGCCCACCCGCUGCCUGCUUCGCACUCCACGCACCCGCUCUUCGCCUCGCAGCAAAGGGACCCUUCCACCUUCUACCCGUGGCUAAUACACCGCUACCGGUAUCUGGGCCACAGGUUCCAAGGGAAUGAAACCAGCCCGGAGAGCUUCCUAUUGCACAAUGCACUGGCCAGGAAACCCAAACGGAUCCGUACAGCUUUCUCCCCAUCCCAAUUACUGAGACUGGAACAUGCCUUUGAGAAGAACCAUUAUGUAGUAGGAGCGGAGAGAAAACAGCUGGCACACAGCCUCAGCCUCACGGAAACUCAGGUAAAAGUAUGGUUUCAGAACAGACGGACAAAGUUCAAGCGGCAAAAGUUGGAAGAGGAAGGUUCAGACUCACAACAGAAGAAAAAAGGGACUCAUCACAUUAACCGGUGGAGAAUCGCCACCAAACAAGCCAGUCCAGAGGAAAUCGACGUCACGUCGGACGAUUAAAAACUGGCACUUUUGGACUUUUCAAAGCCAGCACCCCACCAACCGAAAGUGUUAAAGGCUCACCCCCCCCACCCCCGCGGCGUGGCGGUGCGGGGAAGGACACGGAGAUCUUCAUCAAAACACGAUUCCCGCCUGGGAGGGAGCUGGGAGCGAGCGAGGGCCAGCCAGCGAGGGGUCCGAACUGUGGCACUGCCGGCACCGCUCUGGCACAGGGGAUCUGUCAAUCCAAGCCAAAACACCGGGACGAGGUGAUUGACAGGUAUUCCGUUUAUCGCAGUCCACUUUUAAAAACA